AUGUCUCAAAUUUACGAGUAUGAGCACGAAGCAGCAGCGAUUGAUGACAAACAGAGCAAAAAAGGAGGGUAUGUGACCAACAGAAGCCAAAACUCUAUUUCUCCGUGCUGUCGUAAGCAGGUCCCCUGGGCAAACAAAGAAAAUGGAUUAGAAAAAACAAACACUGGCGUUUUAGAUAGACGUUGCGUAUGUUUUAUGGAAACGAAAGGUUUGAAUAAGAACGACACUACUCCCAGAUGA